AUGCCAGUUCGCAUCAGCUUGCUUGCCGCCGUGGACAUUUCGAAAGCGGCGUGGAUGGAACUCACCGCGGAGUGCAUAGAAAAUUGCUUCCGCAAGACGGGUUUUAUGGGCCCAGGCACCGAGGACGCCAUAGAUCACCCACUGGAAGGCCGGUCGCACGAGGACUUGUGGCAACGCGUCGUUGACACGCAGCUGGCCGGACCUGACGUUGCCUGGGACGAUUUCGUUUCUGCUGAUGACGGCGCCGACAUUGCGGAGCCAUGUACUGACGAAGCUAUUGUGCGUGAAGUGCGAGCCCUUCCUGACUGCCCAGAGACCGACGAGGACGAUGACGAGGAUGCUGCUCUACCGCCGGUUGCUGUGAACGCUUCAACCGCGAUCGGUUACAUCGCGUCGCUUAAGGAACUCGUGUGCAGCAGAGGCCUUGGCGAUGAACAUAUUACCGCGCUGGAAAAAUUAGAAACGGCAGUGAUGCGAUUAGCCUUGAAGAAGCAGACAUGCAUCACGGACUUUUUUCAAAAAUAA